GAACGCUAUAAAUAUACUGUGAGGGUGGAAAGCUGUAAAGCAUCCUCAUCACACAGUGGGUUGACAUGUCUGACAGAGCUUUUACUCUUCUCAUCCUUUCUCUGGCACUUCAAAAUGUAUGUACUGGAUUUGAGGUGUGGACAUUAUUGCAGAACAAUUUCAAUGAUAACAACACAGUCAAUAUCAUAUGCCAACAUAAUGCAUUGGAAGACUGGACUAUACAUGCCGAUGUGUUAAUUAACGACCAGAAGGUGUGCGUCAACGACCAAAACAACACAGCAUGUGAAGGGAUAAAACAAGGAAACCAGUUCAAUUUCACACUGAGAAUGACUGCUGAGCAAAAAGGACUUCCGUGUCAUUGCAUGGUUUAUAGAACUUCCCCACUCCCCAUCCAGCUGAGAAAGGGAGAAAAAAUUAGGUUGGUCCCAGGAUGUGAUUGUCCCCCAUUGAUACCUACUAACCAUCAAACAAUCAAGGACAUGGAAAUGGGCAAUGAUUACAGUCAAUCUGCUGUAACUGGAUAUCUCAUCUGGCUUCUGCUUGGAACUGCACUUCUGCUGUGUUUCUACAGUCUGAUUAUAACUGUUGUUUAUAUCAAACUAAGGAUCAGGAUUUCAAAAGAACUUCAAAUAACCUAUGUUCCAAUGCAGAAAAAGUGUGUUAAACCCAAGAAGAAAGUGAAAGGACACGUAUCAGACAAGAACGAAGAAUACAUGUACAUGCGUGAGGUGCAUCAACAAGUACAACCCAUCAGAGACGUUAACCACAACUCUCGCCUGAAUCCUGUGGGCUCUACUGUCUGAUCCGUACAAUGACUUGGAUUUUUAACACAGAAAUGAAGCUGUAGUAGACAUAGUAUUCACCUGAAUAAGGAAAAGAACAGCACAGUGUAAUCCAUAUGUUUAAGACAUUGCUGCACUAUUUGUAUAGCAGUAAAGGCAAAGGUUAAAUCUAUCAAAUAAUUAACAUAACAUAUUAAAAUAUGGUAUCAUCCUUAUUCUAGCCAAAUAGCACAUUUUUCAAACAUAUUCUUGCUGUACCUUAUGCUUGUACCUUCACUAUCUUGAUUCUAGGCUGAUAUUGUUUAUACAACAAUGCUAUAUAUUACAUUUGGACAUUUCUCAUAGACGUUCAGUAUAAAAAGCAUUGAGAGUGUCACUGUAAUGACUGUAGAUUUAGAUCCCUAAUGAGCCAGGAGAUUUGAGAGGAACCAGACUGAUAUACUGUAAGAACCCAGAGAAAUCAUUACUCUUUUACAAGUUAUACUAUUAAGUCAAACAGUACCCAGUGUUAUGGAAUGAUGUUCAGCAUGAGCAUUUUCUCUCAGGAUGAACACAGAACAGUUUCUAUAAUCACAACAGCUGUUGAUAUCUAUUCUGUUUUUAAAAGACAAGAUGUAGUUAAUCACAUCAGUAAUUUGACUGAAUUAUUCAGUAAUUGUGCCAAAAGUAGCAUAAAUGAAUGUAUGCUGUGCAAUAAUCGUAGCAAUGAGUGCAUUUAUCUGUUAUAACUUUGGCUUGUUAAUCUUUCAAACUGCUAUAUUUAACUAAUUACUAUAUGGACACCUGGCCACCACACAUACAGUAUAUGUGCUUAUAGAGUGUGAAGUCUUGAAUGUCUUUGUAUGCUGUAGCAUAACAGUUUCCCUUCACGGGAACUAAGAAGCCCAAAUCUGUUCUAAGACGUAAAUGUUCCUGCGCUCAAAGUGAGGUCCUGGAAGACAUGGUUUGCCAAGUGUGGAAGAACAUCUGUGAAAUGGAAUCCAGACCCAUUCAACCCAACUGAACACCUUCAGGAUGAACCGGAUCCUUGAUUCCCCCUGGCCUUCUAUCCUAACAUCAGCACAUGACCUCACUAAUGAUCUUUUGGAUGAAAGCCACGCUCCAAGAUCUAGUAGAAAGCCUUCCCAGUAGAGUGAAACUUCUUACAACAGCAAAGACUAAAUGUAUUAGGGGAUGUCCCUCAAGCGCAUAGACGCAUGGCGGUCAGGUGUCCACAAAUGGUAUAGCUGAUGUAGUUGGCAUUUCUGUAAUUAAAUUCAACUGUUUCUUCUUUACAA